AUAUCUUUAUAAUAUCCUUGUGAGGUAUUCGGAAUAUUUCUGCUAUGUGGGGAGAUAUUCUACAUGAUGUAAAUGUUUCCACAUAGUUCGAUAAACAGCAAGACGCUUUUCUUCACAGAACGUGAGUAAAUUCGAUUCAAGAAGCUUCUCUGUCGCUUACGCCUUUGCAUUCUUUAUCGUCAUCGUCAUCGUCCGCCUAUGUUCCGACUUCUAUAUAAGGCAUCGUUAUGAUGCGCACUGGGCGAUAUAAGUAUAGAGCAAGCGCUUCAUUUAUUUCAUUAGUUGGAUAACGAAGAGAGCGGCGGUCUCCGCUAUGUUGAACGAUAAAUCCUUGCUUCUGCUGUCGCUUACGUUCGCGCUGCUUCUCAUCCACAAUGAUGCGGCGCGAAUACCCCGACAAGAAUCAACAACGAUGGAGAAUUGCGGUUACAAGGCUUGCCAUGUCGUUGACCCGAAUAAACUUAACAUUCACUUAGUCGCGCACACUCAUGAUGAUGUCGGCUGGUUGAAAACUGUAGAUCAAUAUUACUUCGGAAGUCGCUCCACAAUCCAAAAAGCCGGCGUACAAUACAUUAUUGAUAGCAUUGUGUCAGCACUGCUGGCUGAUCCUAACAGAAGAUUCAUUUAUGUGGAGACCGCUUACUUCUGGAAAUGGUGGCAACGGCAAAGCGAAAAGGUGCAAGCUAAUGUGAGGAUGUUGAUCAACGAAGGACGAUUAGAAAUCAUUGGAGGAGCAUGGAGCAUGAAUGAUGAAGCUGUUACUCACUAUCACUCGAUAAUCGACCAGUUCACCUGGGGAUUUAGGCGACUCAACGACACGCUCGGAAGCUGCGCUAGACCACACAUAGGAUGGCAGAUAGAUCCAUUUGGUCACUCCAGGGAGCAAGCUUCUCUAUUCGCACAGAUGGGAUUCGACGGAAUGUUCUUCGGUCGUAUCGAUUAUCAAGAUAAGGUGAAGAGACUACGUGAGAGAUCGAUGGAAUUUAUCUGGAAGAGCAGUCCUAGUUUAGGUCAGCGGGCGAAUUUGUUCACUGCCGUGCUGUUCAACAAUUACUCUCCACCACCGGGAUUCUGCUUUGACAUUUUGUGCGAGGACGAGCCGAUGAUCGAUGACCCUGAUAGCCCAGACUACAACAUCGAUACAAAAGUGGAGGAGUUCCUGAGUUAUGUAGAAAUUCAAGCAAAAGCCUACGAAACUAAUAAUAUUAUCCUCACCAUGGGCGAGGACUUUAACUACCAGCACGCUGAAAUGUGGUUCGGUAACUUGGACAAGCUAAUCAGAUACACGAACGAACGCAAUGGUUCUACGGUUAAUGUGCUGUAUUCGACACCUUCGUGUUACUUAAAGACAUUGCAUGAUAAAAAUCUCCAAUGGCCGACUAAGAGCGACGACUUCUUUCCGUAUGCAAGCGAUCCUCACUCUUACUGGACUGGCUACUUCUCGUCGAGACCAACCGUCAAGUACUUCGAGCGAAUGGGAAACAAUUUACUACAAGCAAGCAAACAGCUUGUCGCACUGACAGAUCUGAAAAAUCACGACAAAAAUUUAGAACAUUUUCGCGAAGCUAUGGGAGUGAUGCAGCAUCACGACGCUGUUACCGGCACCGAGAAGCAAUUAGUCGCAAACGAUUAUUCACGUAUAUUGUACGAGAGUAUGUAUCACGCUGAAGACAUAAUGUCAGAGGCUAUAGAGAAGUGGUCAGGAGUAACGCAAGACACGAAGAUUUUCACGUGUAUGGAACUAAACAUUAGCUCCUGCACGUUCUCUGAAGAAAAUGACUCGUUCACGAUUACGGUGUACAAUCCUCUGAGUCGACCAAUCUCCACCUACAUUCGCAUUCCAGUCCAAGAAAAUGCUUAUGCGGUUCAAUCACUCAAUGAUGGAGUGUAUCCAACCACACAGACAGUGCCGAUUCCUCAGAGCGUUCAAAAUGUCCCAGGACGAACAAGCAAGGCGAAAUAUGAGCUUGUCUUCCGUGCUACGAACAUUCCUCCCCUUGGUUUGGUGUCCUACCUCAUUUCUAAACAAACGCAGGAAGCUACUCCGCAAGUUCCACCAACGAAUUUCAUAAGCAAUGAGCUGUAUAAUAUAUCCGUUAAUAAUGAUGGUAACGUGAUAGUACGCUUCAACAAGCAAAAGAACAUGAACUUCGUACAGUCCUUCCAUUACUACGAGGGAGCAGAGGGUAAUAACAAGGUUUUCGAAAAUAGAUCGUCCGGCGCGUAUAUCUUCAGACCUAAAAACGCAUCAGUUAAUAAUUUCAUCUACACUGGAACGUACGAAAUUCACAAAGGUCCGGUCGUGGAAGAACUUCAUCAGACGAUAAACGAAUGGGUUAAUCAAGUAAUUCGAAUCUAUGCAGAAGAGGAAUACGUCGAGUUCGAUUGGCUCAUUGGACCGAUAUCUGUAAAAGAUAAGAUUGGUAAAGAAAUUAUCACGAAGUACUCGAGCAAUUUAAAAACAGAUGGCGAAUUCUAUACGGACAGCAAUGGCAGGGAAAUGUUGAAACGCGUGAGAAAUUAUAGACCAACGUGGGAUCUGAAGUUGCACGAGCCAAUAUCUGGGAAUUAUUAUCCAGUGACUAGUAAAAUCGCUAUAAAAGACGAGGAAAAGCAACUGAAACUCAGUGUCCUGACCGAUCGUGCUCAAGGUGGAAGCAGCAUGGAUGACGGCGCUAUUGAACUAAUGCUUCAUCGAAGACUUCUGAAGGAUGAUGCGUUUGGCGUCGGUGAAGCGUUAAAUGAAUCUGCGUAUGGCGAAGGUUUGGUAGUAAGAGGUACUCAUUAUCUCUUUGGUGGCGGACUAAAUAACUUGGAUGAAUUCGCAUUGAAGGAGAAGGAAUUGGCCCUCAAAUUGAUCUUGCAACCUUGGAUCUUAGGUGCACCUGCCAAUUUGAAUGAUCUCAGAGACGCACAUAGUACAUACAGAAACUUCAUUUCAGGGCUUAAGAAAUCAUUGCCACCAAACGUACACAUACUUACGUUAGAGCCAUGGAAGGAUGGUACAAUUUUGUUAAGAUUAGAACAUCUUUUCGAGGUCGGUGAAGCGCAGCAAAUGUCUCAACCUGUGGAAGUUAACAUACAGGAUCUCUUCUCGACAUUCUCCAUCUUGUCGAUCGAAGAAACCACGCUCGGUGCUAAUCAGCGACUGAGCGAUAUGAAACGCAUGAAAUGGAAACCAGAGACCAAUGAUAUUCUUCAAGAGACAGAAGAAAAUAUACAACCCGUACAAAUUCAAGACGACGUAAUUAAUGUUCUCUUGAAACCAAUGGAAAUUCGCACUUUUAUCUUGAAAGUGGAGCGUAUAUCUCUUUAAUUUUUACAAGAAAAAAUUUAUCUUUAAGAUUUAAGAUAAUUUUUACAAGAAAAAAUUUAUCUUUUGUCUAUUGAAUUAAUUGAAUUACUUUAUUUCCUAUGACAUUGUACAUAUAUAAUUAUUAAGAAAUAUAGUUAUAUAUAAUACGAUACAAACUGUAUUAUAUUAUUGUAACGAAUUAUACGAUGGAUUAACGCUCUGAAGAGUUGCUAAAAUAUAACUAAAUAAUAAAUCUGUUCAUUUUUCAAAGAAUUUUUGAAUUAGUGCAAUAAAUAAGAGUGAAAGAAAGUAUCCUCGUUUCACUCUAAUUUAUUGCACUAGUUCAGAAGUUUUUCGUAAACGAACGGGUCUAAUGUCUAA